GGAGCCCAGUUCUCCGAACCCGGCCAGGCGGGGGUCGGCGGCCGAGGUUGUGCACGCCCAGGCCCGGGGCUCCGGAGCUGAAUUCAAGCUCAGGGCCGGGUAAAAGGUGGAAGUGGAGGGACUCAGGCUUCGUUUCCUGCCGCUGUCUCCAUCUUGAACUGAGUGAAGAUGAGUUCUUCAGGAAGAAGAAAAGGCAAACCAGGCAAAGGAAGUGGUAAAGGGUCUUCUAGAGGAGGAAGAGGAGGCAGGAGCCACACGAGUAAAAAUCAUGGUGGCAGUGGUGGUGGCAGUGGUGGCUACAGUGGUGGUGGCAGUGGUGGCAACAGAAAGGCCUCGAGUAGAAUUUGGGAUGAUGGUGACGACUUUUGUAUCUUCAGUGAAACAAGACGCUCCUCCAGACCUAGCAACAGUGCAAGAAAAGGAGACGCACGCCCAAAGUGGAAGCCUGAAGCCAAAGUGCCCCUUCAGACUCUACAUAUGACUUCUGAGAACCAAGAGAAAGUGAAAGCUCUUCUUCGUGACCUGCAAGAACAAGAUGCAGAUGCUGGAUCUGAAAGAGGCAUUUCUGGGGAGGAAGAAGAUGAUGAGCCCGAUUGUGAUGAAGAGCAGUACUGGUCAGCUGGACGAGAAGCUUCCCUGGUUCCUGACUGUGAUCCUUUAGAAUAUGCUGGCUCGAGUCUAGUAGAGCCUCGUAACACAGAAUUUACAGUCUCAACAUUUGCAGUGCAAAAGCUUUCCAGGUAUGGUUUUAACACUGAGCGCUGUCAAGCAGUCCUGAGAAUUUGUGAUGGUGAUGUGGGGGCAUCACUAGAACAUCUCCUCACCCAGUGUUUUUCAGAGACAUUUGGAGACAGGAUGAAAAUCUCUGAGGCAGUUGCCCGCAUCAGCUUGGAUGAGUGUCUGGAACAGCGACAAGAAGAAGCAUUCGCUCUAAAGUCAAUCUGUGGAGAAAAAUUUAUAGAAAGAAUUCAGAACAGAGUCUGGACCAUUGGAUUAGAACUGGAGUAUUUGACGAGUAAAUUCUGCAAAUCCAAGCAAAAGGAAAGUACCAAAAAUAUACAACAGACUUCACUAGAUGUCUGUAAAUUUUACCUCAAAGGAAAUUGUAAAUUUGGAUCAAAAUGCAAAUUCAAACAUGAAGUGCCCCCAAAUCAGAUUGUGGGAAGAGCAGAAAGAAAUGUAGAUGAUUCUCAUCUUAAUGCCAACGAAGAUGCAUCUUUUUUAUAUGAACUUGAAAUUCGAUUUUCUAAAGACCACAAGUACCCCUACCAAGCACCCCUUGUGGCAUUUUAUUCCACCAAUGAGAAUCUACCUCUGGCUUGUCGUUUACAUAUUUCUGAGUUCCUUUACGGCAAGGCCUUGACAUUUGCAGAAACUUCGGAACCAGUUGUAUAUUCUUUGAUAACCCUUUUAGAGGAAGAAUCAGAAAUAGUCAAAUUACUAACAAAUACCCCUCACAAGUACAGUGUCCCUCCUGUGAACUUUCUGCCAGUAUCCUCUGGGACCAGAAUAAGCAAUCCAGUCUGUCGCAAACCAAUGAUUCCAAAUCAUUCUUUUGUGUCAAAUCAAACUCCAGAAGUUGAAAAGGAAUCAGAACCUGAGGAGACAGAUGAGGAUGAAGGUCCUGCCCCAGUUAUAGUGGAGAAUGAGAGCUAUGUGAACCUUAAGAAAAAGAUUUCUAAAAGAUAUGACUGGCAAGCAAAAUCAGUCCAUGCUGAAAACACUAAAAUCUGCAAGCAGUUCCGAAUAAAGCAGGCUUCCAGACAAUUCCAGUCAAUUCUGCAAGAAAGACAGUCACUCCCUGCUUGGGAAGAAAGAGAAACCAUUCUUAAAUUGUUGAGCAAGCACCAAGUGCUUGUUAUAAGUGGUAUGACUGGAUGUGGAAAAACCACACAGAUUCCUCAGUUUAUUCUGGAUGAUUCUCUGAACGGACCACCAGAGAAGGUGGCUAACAUCAUCUGUACACAACCCCGACGAAUUUCUGCAAUCUCUGUGGCUGAACGUGUUGCUAAAGAGAGAGCAGAAAGGGUGGGUCUUACUGUGGGAUACCAGAUCCGGUUAGAAAGUGUCAAGUCCUCAGCCACCAGACUCUUAUACUGCACCACAGGAGUGCUGCUGCGGAGGCUGGAAGGAGACACAGCUCUGCAGGGAGUCACCCACAUCAUUAUUGAUGAAGUUCAUGAGAGGACGGAGGAAAGUGACUUCUUGCUUCUGGUUUUGAAGGACAUUGUGAUACAGAAGCCAAAUCUUCAAGUUAUUCUAAUGAGUGCAACUUUAAAUGCUGAGCUCUUUUCAGAAUACUUCAAUUUCUGUCCAAUUAUUACUAUACCAGGUCGUACAUUUCCUGUUGAUCAGUUUUUUCUGGAAGAUGCAAUUGCUGUUACAAGAUACGUGUUACAGGAUGGGAGCCCAUACAUGCGCUCCAUGAAACAGAUGUCAAAGGAGAAGCUCAAAGCAAGGCGCAACAGAACAGCUUUUGAAGAAGUAGAGGAAGACCUGAGGCUCUCCCUUCACCUCCAGGAUCAGGAUUCUGUCAAAGAUGCCGUGCCAGAUCAACAGUUAGAUUUUAAGCAGCUCCUGGCCCGCUAUAAAGGGGUCAGCAAGUCAGUCAUCAAAACAAUGUCUGUCAUGGAUUUUGAAAAGGUUAAUCUUGAAUUAAUAGAGGCCUUAUUAGAGUGGAUUGUGGAUGGAAAACACUCCUACCCUCCAGGUGCUAUACUUGUAUUUUUACCAGGACUAGCAGAAAUCAAAAUGCUUUAUGAACAACUACAGUCUAAUUCUCUUUUCAACAACAGACGUAGUAACAGAUGUGUCGUUCACCCACUUCAUUCGUCUUUAUCCAGUGAAGAGCAGCAGGCAGUGUUUGUAAAACCUCCUGUAGGAGUAACUAAGAUUAUAAUUUCCACCAACAUUGCUGAGACAUCAAUAACCAUUGAUGAUGUUGUCUACGUCAUCGAUUCUGGGAAAAUGAAAGAAAAAAGAUAUGAUGCCAGCAAAGGGAUGGAAAGUCUAGAGGAUACUUUUGUCUCUCAAGCCAAUGCUUUGCAAAGAAAAGGUCGAGCAGGCCGUGUUGCGUCUGGGGUCUGCUUCCAUUUGUUCACUAGUCAUCACUUCAAUCACCAGCUUUUAAAGCAGCAGCUACCAGAAAUUCAAAGAGUGCCACUGGAACAGCUGUGUCUAAGAAUUAAAAUAUUAGAGAUGUUUAACACUCAUAAUCUCCAAUCUGUGUUCUCUCGGCUCAUUGAACCUCCACACUCUGAUUCUCUCCGUGCCUCAAAAAUACGGUUACGAGACUUGGGAGCAUUAACUUCAGAUGAAAAGCUAACCCCUCUGGGGUAUCACUUGGCCUCUCUGCCCGUGGAUGUGAGAAUUGGCAAACUGAUGCUGUUUGGGUCUAUCUUCCGCUGUUUGGACCCUGCUCUCACUAUUGCUGCCAGUUUGGCCUUCAAGUCUCCUUUUGUAUCUCCCUGGGAUAAAAAAGAGGAAGCGAACCAGAAAAAGCUAGAAUUUGCAUUUGCAAACAGUGAUUAUCUGGCCCUUCUACGAGCCUAUAAGGGAUGGCAGCUGAGUACAAGAGAAGGCAUGCGUGCAAGUUAUAAUUACUGUAGACAGAACUUCUUGUCAGGAAGAGUUCUUCAGGAAAUGGCCAGCCUUAAACGACAAUUCACUGAACUGUUGUCUGACAUCGGGUUUGUAAAAGAGGGACUCAGAGCAAGGGAAAUUGAGAAAAGGGCCCAAGGAGGAGACGGGAUCUUGGAUGCCACAGGAGAGGAGGCAAACUCAAAUGCUGAGAAUCCCAAGCUGAUAUCAGCGAUGCUGUGUGCUGCUCUGUAUCCUAAUGUAGUGCAGGUGAAAAGCCCAGAAGGGAAAUUUCAGAAAACCAGUACUGGAGCUGUCAGAAUGCAGCCAAAAUCAGAUGAAUUGAAGUUUGUCACCAAGAACGAUGGAUACGUGCACAUUCACCCUUCAUCAGUGAACUAUCAGGUCAGACACUAUGACAGCCCCUACCUAGUGUACCACGAGAAGAUCAAAACUAGUCGGGUGUUCAUCCGAGACUGCAGCAUGGUGUCUGUUUACCCACUGGUCUUGUUUGGUGGAGGCCAAGUGAAUGUGCAGCUUCAAAGGGGAGAGUUUGUUGUAUCUUUGGAUGAUGGUUGGAUCCGUUUUGCAGCCGCUUCCCAUCAGGUGGCUGAAUUAGUAAAGGAACUUCGCUGCGAACUUGACCAGCUUCUCCAGGACAAGAUAAAAAAUCCGAGCAUAGAUCUGUGUACCUGUCCUCGGGGAUCCCGGAUCAUCAGCACAAUUGUGAAACUUGUCACCACACAAUAAAGAGCAGUCUCAGGAGAGUACCUGCCACUCGCCCACUUCUUGCUGACCUGGGAGAUCACAACAGGACCCCUACCUCCGACUGCAGCUCUGUGCUGCUGCUGGCCCUGCUGAGCCAGUCAGGUCUUCACUGCUGUGUCAACUGACACCACAUACCUUUAGGGAAAUUUCCAGAAUAAGUAUUUCUUAGAAAGAGGGGCAGACCUAGCACAAUUUGGAAUGUCAAUAUGAGACCAUCUGAAACCAGCUUGCCUGUCACUGCAACUAUCUGGGAAGGCAUGAAAUUCACCUGAUAACAUAAAAGUGAGUGUUUAAUAUAACUCUGUUUUAAUCUAUGUAUUAUCUUCUGCUUUUUACUGGGAUGAAAAAGGAAUAUGAGGGGAAAUGCCAAUUUUUUUUCUGUCAUAAAGGCUCAACUCAGAGUCAGAAGGGGGAAUCGAAACAAAUCAUGUGAGCAAAAACUAAAUUAAAAUAUCAUUUUAGGCUAUUGACUACUGAGUAAACUUGAUUUAUGAGGUAUUUUUAUCUUAACUCAUUAAAUGUCAGCCUAAAUAACCAAAUUUAAUGUGCUCUUAUUGGGUAUUAAAAUAUGAAUCAGUUUUAUUGGCAACAUUCUUAUUCUUAAAAGCAGAAUAUAUGUUCUGCUGGGUGCCUUCAUUCUCUUUAGGUUUUCCUUUUAGGAAUCUUUAUGAUCUCACCCAGACCUAAUGGCCACAUUUCACAGUGCCCGAAGAGGAAUUCAAAUGGUGCUCUCAGCACAGGGUUGGCACAGUUGAGAUAAAAAAGGCCAUACUAGUGCCAGAUUUACAAGUAUAAAAAGCCUUCCACGAGACUGCUUACUUCCAACCACUACUUAGAUUAUGGGGCAAUAAAAAAAUAUGAAUACACUUACAUCCCCCUGAAUAUUUAUCAGUGUGCCCAGGAAGACUCCCAUAGAGUGGGUGUUCAUCUAGCCCUCAGGUAGUCACCCCAGGUUUCAUACUAUAGGUAGAAUUCAGACUAGUCAAUAAAGCCACCACAUAAAAGGUGUUCUCUUUUCAAGUAUUAUUUUAGUUAGGUUUUCAGGAAACCUAGACCAAAAUUAUCAAGUGUGUUUAAGCUUGAGUGCACUUGAAUCCCUUAGACUAAGCAGUAUUUUUAAAAGGUAUUAAUUCAUAUCAUCACUUUAAAUGAAAAACUCACAUAUGCAUAGCAGCUGCAGUAUCUGGGUUCUGCAAUAUCUGAGUUUUGACAUUGAAACCAAGCUGAUGCUAUAGGACUGAUUAGGCUGGAACCUUGUGAUGAAAUGGAGAAAACUGCACUAGCCCUUUUAAAAGCGGUUUUGAUUCUCAGUGCUAAGGAGGAGCUUGUGCUGCUCCGGCUCCGGCCAUCUGUCCGAGGGGACCUGUGGUUUUGCAUGUGAGCUUGCGCAGAGCAUGUGCUGGGAAGUAUUAACAACACGACUUUUCAUUCAAAAUGCUGAGAAAUUGCUCCCUCAGGCAAGCCAUUGUGGGGCAAAUACAAAUGCGCAAAUCCUAUCAUCUUACAGACGUGGCUGCAUGUGAAAAAAGGCUGGGAAAACUUGACUGAAGGCACUUAGUAAGAAAAUCCUCACACAAAUAACUUCUUAGAGUCAUCAUUAGAAUUAUGAAGUAGGGUUUAUCCCUUUGCAAUUAAAGAUCAGAAUGCAAUAUAAUAUUUCAAGAUGAAGCUAAAUUUCUAAGCCCCAACAAGAUCAUCAGUAUUUAAUGUUCAUUUUGUGGUGAAUUCUGUAAAUGGUUUCUUAAAUAUUUCACUUUUACUGGCAUCUAGCUAGAAAACAAUAUUAAUAAACUACUUGCUAUAAAAUUAGUUUUCACUACUGUUUUGUUACUCUGUUUUAAAUGGGAAGUAAUUAGAAAAUGAAAACAUCUAGACAUUUCCAUAGAGGUGGCCAUAGGUUGACAAAGCACUGGCUUUGUCUUCUUCUUCCUUGAGUUCCAGAUCUGAAUAUUUCAGCUGAAGCUCCCUGAGAGGUAAUGAACUUUGGUCUUUAUCUCGCAUUCUGUUAUCUGAGCAUUUUAAUCACAUGUUGAAGCACACAGCCUCUGGAACUGGAGGUACAUGGUAAGUGUUCUUUAUCCUUUCUGGGCUGUGGUCCGAAUAUGUCCGUAAGAGGUAAUGAUAAAAUAAGAUCUUGUGAAAAUACCUUUAAAAUAAAGCAUUCGCAUGAUUUUCAGAUGAUGUUCAGAUGUGGCCCCAGGCUGGCAGCACCCCCGCUGGUCCUGCGCUCACUGUGGUGGUCUCAGUGGGGCUAAGAGCAGGUGAGCUCAGGCUUCACACUUUGAGGGUAACUUGUGAGUGUCACUCAGUUGCCACAUAAAUAAUGGACCCCUGAGGACAGUAGAAUAUGCUCGUGCUGCAAUUAUUAUGCUUGCAUAAGUCUAAACAGAGGCUGGCUCUUUCCUCCUAAAUCACACUGAAAUUAAGCAUAAUUCCUAGGGCUUCUAUUCUCUCAAAUUGAAGAGGAAAGCUCCCUUAAAAUAUUUAGCCAGUUAAUAACUACAAAGUGAGCCUUUGUUUUCAGAAGUUAGACCUGGGUGAUGAAACUGUGUCUGUCCUUAUUUGAGUACUCCCAGGGCAGAGCACCUCAGGGAAAAGCAUAGAAACAGUAUAUUUCGCCACAGCAUGUUUCAGACUGUUUUAGAAGAACAGGCUUUUCCCAAGUCUUAUAGCCUCAUAAAUGUAUGACUAUGCAAGGAAUGUGUACUCCUGGCAUCUAGUGGUUAGAAGCCAGGGGUGCUCCAAAGUAUCCUACAAUGCACAGUCCAUCAUCCCUAGUGCCAAGGUAGUGAAAACUGUGUAAAGAAAAUGAGAUGGGGCCUACCUGGUGGCACAGCAGGUUGAGCACAGCGCUGUGAAGCUGUCCACAGCCUCUGCAGCAUGGGUUCGAUUCCCAGCCAGCCAGGGAGAACACCACAUGGCGUGGCAGACCUCUCCUGUCACACCCACUGCUCCUCUCAGCAGUGCUUUCGGUCCAUCUGCCUGUUUUGCUCCCCACUCUGUCUCUGGUGAAUCCUCUCGUCCUCCUGCACUUCUGGCCUACACCCCAGCCAUUGUAUAAAUAAAAAAUAAAUCUUAAAAAAGGAAAGAAAAUGAGAUGUGCCUCCUCAUAAAGUCUAGCUACUACUUACAGAUUAUGCCCAUAGUUGACUUAGAAAAUGUAAAUAUAUUUGGACUAAUAAAAGUGACAUCUCUGCCAAAGGAACUGUAAUAUAAACACUGUGUGAAUAAGAGUUUAUGAUAACAAAAUUAUAUAUACAAAUGGGGAAGACCAGGCACAGAUGGGUAUGGAUACCUUUACUUUAAAAACAUUUUUCAAAAAUGUUUAAAAUUUU